UACAAUGCGCAGAGUAAAGCUAAACGUAAACACUUUUCACCGAUUUAAGUGUUUGUUUUAUCUUUUCCAAACAAUCGAUUUUGUUAAAUUACUCAGCUGACUCUUUCAUGAUAAUACUGUUGAUACCACGAUUAUUUAACCAGCAAAGUUUAAUGUUUCGAAACACAGCAAGCUAGAGCAAGCAUCGCAUUGGAGUCAAAGUUUGACAAGUAGAAAUGAUCAUCCUAGGUUUACUGGUCUAUUUCCUGGCUAGCUUGGCAAACGCUGAGAUGCAAGUCUGCUAUGAAAAGUAUGGAUGUUUCAGUAACAAAGAGCCUUUCAAGAAAUUUGUUUUGUUGCCGUUUCCGCCAGCCCUGAUUGCUCCAAACUUUCGCCUCUACACCAGGCUCAACCAAGACAAGCCGCAAUUUAUUGACGAUUACGACCUAGCUAAACUUCAAAACUCCAGCUACAACGGUUCAAAAAGGACUGUUAUUGUUGUUCAUGGAUAUAUUGAAAUAAGGCCCGAAUGGAUGGAACGCAUACGAGAUGGCUUACUAAGGAACGUUGACUGCAAUGUUAUUUUAGUGGACUGGUUCAGAGGUGGCUUCCCGCCCUAUCUACAAGCGGCAGGGAACACACGCCUUGUGGGGGCCAUGAUAGCAGAGCUGAUUAAGUUCCUCAUCUCUCAGACCCGAAGCUCACCGGACUUUUAUCACGUCGUGGGGUUUAGUCUUGGCUCUCAUAUCGCAGGGUACGCUGGGAGCAGACUGCAACAGGACGGACUAAUUUUAGGUCGGAUCACAGGACUGGACCCAGCUGGACCACUAUUUUCAGCGACAGAUCCUGCGGUAAGACUGGACCCAACUGACGCUCAAUUUGUAGAUGUAAUUCACACAGACGCCGAUCGCUGGGGAACUUUCCAAGCCUCAGGUCACAUUGAUUUUUAUCCUAACGGAGGAUUAGACCAAGUGGGAUGCUUAAGUGUCACAGAUGAUCUUGGUCCAAUAGGUCCUUUGGUGUGCGAUCACCUUCGAGCUCCAGCUUAUUUCAUUGAGUCCUUGUCACCACAGUGUCUGCACAAUAUGAGAGGUUUCCCUUGCCCUGACUCCAAUGAAUUUGAUCGUGCUCGCUGUCUUGCCAAUUGCAAAAAUGGAGCAUGUCCUGAGAUGGGAUAUACCGCUGUACAAAAUGGGAGUCAAAUAGUUGGAAAGCACUUUUUGUACACCAAAGCAAGCGCGCCAUUUUGUGUUCCUUACUAUACAGCAAUCACAUUCAAGACUACUUGGUCGUCUCUGGUCGGGCUAUUUCGGGCUCAUAUUGUGGUCAAGUUGUUUGGGUCUAAUGGAGAAUCAAAUUUUGUUCAGCUUCAAAGGCGUAGUCUAAAAGGUGGUAGCUGCGAAACAUUUGUGAUACCAGGUUCCAAGAACAUAGGAACACCGCAGAGAAUCCAAGUGCAACAGAAGUACUUAUCCUGGCUGCUGAAAUGGAAACUAAAUAAAGUGUCGAUUGAACCCGGAUGGACUGGGACACAUACAGACGGGAACAACAAACAGCUGUAUUCAGCUUGUUUCGAUGCCUAUGUGGGAAGUGAAGGUGUUACCAGAGAUCUAAGACAAGGAAGUAUUUCUUGCUGAUUGUCCUGUCCUUCCAAAGUAUUCGCAUUAUUGCAGUGCAGCUAGAGCCGGCAAUCGACACCUGUUAAACGGAAAUAUCAUUGUUUUGAUAUAGUAUCUGUUCAGCAUUGUAGUAUCUGUUUAGAAACGCAAAUGGAAGAACAAUGUAGAGGGCACACGGUGAUAACUGGUGUGAAUUAAAAAUAAAAUGCAAAUACAGAA